GCGUGGGGAAGGGUGGGGUGAGGGGGCGAGGCCGCAGCGAGGGCUGUGAAACUCUCCUCCUCUCGGCCCCAGCGCGUGGGACGGCGAGAACGUGUUGUCGGAGGGAUGUCCGCCUUUUCUGAGGCGGCGCUGGAGAAGAAGCUGUCGGAGUUGAGCAACUCGCAGCAGAGUGUGCAGACCUUGUCCCUGUGGCUCAUCCACCACCGCAAGCACUCACGGCCCAUCGUCACCGUGUGGGAGCGGGAGCUGCGUAAAGCCAAACCAAAUAGGAAGCUUACUUUUCUCUACUUGGCCAAUGAUGUCAUUCAGAACAGCAAAAGGAAGGGGCCAGAGUUUACAAAAGAUUUUGCACCAGUUAUAGUGGAGGCUUUUAAGCAUGUUUCCAGUGAAACUGAUGAAAGUUGUAAGAAGCACCUUGGAAGAGUGUUAUCUAUAUGGGAAGAAAGGUCUGUUUAUGAAAAUGAUGUGUUAGAACAACUUAAGCAAGCUCUGUAUGGUGAUAAGAAACCUAGGAAGCGAACUUAUGAACAGAUAAAGGUGGAUGAAAAUGAAAACUGUUCCUCCUUGGGAUCACCAAGUGAACCACCACAGACUCUAGAUCUCGUUAGAGCAUUACAAGAUCUAGAAAAUGCAGCCUCAGGUGAUGCAGCAGUUCAUCAGAGGAUAGCUUCUUUGCCUGUUGAAGUCCAAGAAGUAUCCCUACUAGAUAAAAUAACAGAUAAAGAAUCUGGAGAAAGGCUUUCUAAAAUGGUAGAGGAUGCUUGUAUGUUGCUGGCAGAUUACAAUGGCAGAUUGGCUGCAGAAAUAGAUGAUAGGAAGCAACUUACUCGAAUGUUAGCAGAUUUUCUUCGUUGUCAAAAGGAAGCCCUUGCAGAGAAAGAGCAUAAAUUGGAAGAGUACAAGCGCAAGUUAGCCAGAGUUUCCCUGGUACGCAAAGAACUCAGGUCCCGGAUCCAGAGCCUGCCAGACUUAUCUCGAUUGCCCAAUGUCACGGGCAGCCACAUGCACCUGCCCUUUGCUGGGGACAUCUACAGUGAAGAUUGAUGACCAGUCUCUUUCCAGGGCCCCAGGACUUUGCGAGAGAUGGAGACAGGUUAGGUGGAUAGCCCUGUAGCAUUAUUUUUGUAUAUUGUUGAGAGAAUAACACUAACAAAAGAAACGACAAGUAAUUUAUAAAAUUGUUUAAAAUGUUCGUUUGUUUACUAUUUUAUUGGUAAGUUACAUGACUCAGUUAAACAAAGUGAUGAUCUCUGUGUAUUAAUAAGCUCACAAAUAGUGAUUAUUUUCAAAAGAUCUCUUUGUAAAUUUUUUUGAUCCAGGGCCUUGUGAGAAAUUCCAUGUUUCUAUAUCUUCUAGUAUUUUUGAAUGUUUCUCUUUACUUUCUUCAGUAUCUAAUCACUGUAUACUAUGUGAUUUAAAGGGAAGGACUAAUCAGGAGUUGGUUGAGACUUUAUUAUGGUAUGGUUAGGUCUUGAUUGUAGAAGGGACAAAUGUUCCAACUUAAUCUUCACCCGUCUCCCCAUCCAAAGUAUCUGUUCUGUGCCCUCAAUGCCUUUGACUCCUUAUAUACUAGAGGUCAGUGAUUUAACACUAAAUGUAUAUAUCACUUUGAGAGUCAGAUCAAAGCCAAAAGAACCUUUUCCAUAGUAGCACUAAAGGUAUUCCUUUGCAACUAUCAAUGCAGGAAAAAAAAAAAAAAAAAAAAAAAGAGGGUUAGAUAGAUACUCAUUUGACUUAAGUUAUUAGAAUUAUUUGAGUAAAUAAAUAUGAAAAUGCUUUGGAAAUGUUGUAAAUUUUGACAUUCUAUCAAAAGGACAACUUUGAUUCUGAACUGAUUUCUACUUGUUAAAUCAGUUUCCUUUUAACAUAAUUGAUCCCUUUAACAUAAAUCUGUGGGAUGAAAAGAAACAAAGUAAUAAUACUUUUAUUCCUCCCUUAGCCAUGUAACUUUAAAAACCAUAGUAUUUUUAGCUCUAAUAUUUCAAGAACACAAUGUUCAGUAAUGUUCAGUAAAGUAGCGUGGAGCAUUUUUAAUGUUUCCUCAAGAUUUUUCAUUGAGAGUGUAUUUGGAAAUGAAGCAGUGCUACACAACACUGUAGAUCUGGUAAAUUUUAUAUUUGUAUAUUCAGAGUUGCCAAAACAAAUGUACUUUUAACUUUUAUUUCUAAUCCUGUAUGUUAGAGCAGUUGCAUGCUCUCAUGCUUUCUUUUUAAGGUACAUUGUUAAGCAGUGGAUUUGUAUCCAGGAAUGAUCUAGGAUAAGUAUGUUUUUUCAUUCAUUGCUUUUACAUGUUAGAGAUUUUUCUUUUCAUUGUAAGUAGAUUCAAAUUAGAAUAGUCAAUAAAACAUUUCCUUUUAAAUCCCACAAGCCAAUUAUGUCUCACUAGUCUGAAUGACUUCACUCUGUUUCUUUCUCAGUGUUAUAGGUUAUAGUUAAAAUGAACUUACAUGUGAAGGAGAAGGCAAACCUUUUUAUUAGCAGAUGUUCUGGAAACAGUGCUACUAACAAUUUGACCUUUCCCCUAAACAGAGACACAUAUAAGUAGUCACCAUCCAUAUAUUUCAAAGUUUUUUAGUCAACUUUUAGAAAUUGAGGCACAUUUUCUCACAGAAACAAUGGUAGUUAGUUUCCCUGUAGACUUUACCACAGAUAGCUCGCUUGGUAAACUAAUCCACUUAACCACAAAUGUACUUAACUUGAGUGUGGUUGACAAAUUACUAAUUGUAGAUACUGACCAGUAUCUGUAACAUCAGCCUAAGGAAAUGGUGUGUAGCAGCCAUACUCACACAUUGGGGUGUCUCAGAGUUGGAUCUGCCUGUGCUGUGUACCACUGUCCUUAGGUGUAGGAAACAGAAGAAGAUUUAGCAUGGGGAGGGGGGCAGGUAACAAAUGUACAGUUAUAAAACCUUUAUAACCUUUAUAAAAGUAUACCAAGUAAAUCUUUUGUUGUUGAUAAUGUGAAAGCAAAAACUUGUUAGUAUGUCAACUUGUCGUUAACAUCUUGACUUUAUUUACAAUCUGCUAAAGUGGUGAUUUAUCCAUUCAAAUAUUUUUUUUUCCUUUUAAAACUAAUGUGUUAACUGUAUACUCCUGGGGAGGUUUGAAAUAUAUUAGGAGUUUUGUUGAAAUAUUUUCACCUUACUUAGAUACUGAUUUUAAUGCCAGUAUCUGCUCUAAAUAUUUAUGAGAAAUAUGCAUUAUUUUUUUAAAGAAGUUGAUGAGAUUUGUGAUACCCGAUAGAACUCAAAAACCUGAAACCCACUCCCAGUACCACCUCCUGAACAAUUCUUCACAAACCUUUAUUUUUGUUGUUGUUGUUAACUCACUAACUAAACACAAAUGAUACUGUUUGAUUUAGAAGUCAUCUUUUCAGCCUUGUGAUAGUUAACAUGGGUAAACCUUACCAGUAAAUAGUCUUCAUUUAUAAAAAGAAGGCUACAUUUUCUCAAGAAGUGGGGUUAGACGGGAUACUAUAAUACUAAAUUUUAAAUCAUGAGCUUUUUCUCCCCUGUGACUUAAGGCAAAUAUGCGUCUUUGAGUGCAGUUUUGCCCAGCCCUUUAAGAAAAAAGCAUGUCACCAAACUUACAGUAGGGAUACUGUGGUUUGAAUGGAUACCAUCACUCUUUUCUCUACAAACAGUGCAGAGAGCUGUCUGGAGUGACAUUUUGAGCAGAUUCCCUGAUGCUCCCUCUGCUCCUUCCAUCAUACAGUAAGUAAAAGAACCACAUGGGGAACCCGGGAGUCUGAGAAAACCAGCUGUCACAAUAGCCAACCUCUCCCUCUAGGAAAACCAAUCCAGUUGCAGUUGUUUUGGUACCUCUUCUUACAUACAAUCAGGGUUAUUCUGUAAGAAAUUGUUGAGAUUCAGCAAAAGCUGGGAUGACCUGGUCAUCUUCAUUUGCAAAAUUAAAAGAACAAAACUAGGUUGUCAGUUGUCACUGCAGAUUAAAGUAUAAUUAUCGAACUAGUUCUUAGAAAUCUUUAGAGAGAAAAAACUCAAAAGUACAAAUGAAUUAUUUUGGAAAGUAAGAUUGUCCUUUCUGAAUUUCCCAUUCUAAAAAUUAACAUUAUAUGAAAUAAUAUUAAACUACUAGACUGCUUUGUAUUCUAUUAAGAAACAGCUUGUAAAGAUGUAGUCUUAUUUCAUAGUUGUUGUACUAUUGCAAAGGUUUUAAAAAUGUAAACCCAGUUCUCUGUAUAGAAAGGGAACAUUGUGUUACUUACUGAAGUCACUUAAUACAGAGCAUUUGUUGCCAACUGUAAUUCUAGCCAUCCACACCUGAGUCUGUUCUGAGGCGACAGUAGCACAUGGGAAGAUGAAGUCUCCCUAUUUCUCCCUUUUUCUUCUACUGUAUCUGAUGACAGUAUAAGAUGUUCUUAAUAAAGUUUUAUGUUCUUUUUAAAA